AUGAUAAUUCCUUGCGAGCUUCGUCUCAAUCAAAAUUCGUUUUCCAGCGCAGACAGUUCUGGAGCAUUUGGAGUACAAAUUCAAAGUUUACACAAAAUCCAAAAGAAUGAGGGAAAAAAGCGUGGACAUGUGUAUUGUCCACCCAUUUACAAGAGCCAGAAAGUGGCGCGCAUCACCAACAAUGGCUACCUCAACUUUUUGACCGAGUACAAGAAACGCUUUUGCGGCAUUUCUCCGCAGGACAUGGUGCGAUAUGCGGCCAAGCAGUGGAAUCAGCUGUCCGUCGCUGAGAAGGAACGUUUCAAGAAUAAGCCUACGGUCGUUUUGAGAAGCCCAGCACAAUUGGUUGCAUUUGAGUCGAAAUGCGAAGUGGCCGAUAAAACAGAACAGCAGUGUCCUUCUCAAAGACAGUCGCCAUCCGCUCGGCAGCGGAAAUCCGAGAGGAGCUCCUCCAGAUCGAGGACCUCGUACAGAUCCGUGAAGAGUCGCUUGCGUGGGAAGCCAAGUCCGCAGCAGACCAAGCGCAGUCUUAGCCAUUUGGGCUCCGCAGUUGCCUAUAUCCAUUUCCUGCGCAAGUUUCAGAGGAAGAAUCCCAACUUGGCGACCGCCGAACUGCUGAAAACUGCCACUCGCUUGUGGUGUCGACUGGAUGAAAGUCAGCGGCAUGCAUUUGAGAGGCCACUUUGGAUUGUUCAGAUAAAGGAAACCAAAGUAGCAGCUCAAGACUAAAAAACGCUUUCACUUUGUGCAAAUUUCUAGAAUAAAUUUAAUCUCAUGUUAGGGCAAACCA